AUGCAUCAUCCCAAGGUCAGCCUGCUCUUUAAACUAUUGACUUCAAUUAUAUUUUUGUUUCUGGUAUUGAGUUUCCUCUUUGCGAUAGAGAACACAUUUUUGGAAAGAUGGCUCAGGACACAAGACAACCAGAAAAAAUACACACCCUCCAGCAUCAAACCCAGCAUUUCAAACACACUCCAUUCUCUAACCACCAGACAUCCUUUAAUACCUCCAUACCCAUACCCCUACAAGUUCCUCAUCAACCCGGAGGACAAAUGCGCAAAAAGAAACCCUUUUCUUGUGCUCUUAGUACCUGUUCGUUGCCAUGAUAUAAUCACCAGGAAUGCAAUUCGGGAAACUUGGGGAAAUGAAAAUAACUACAAAGAUGUUGAAGUGGUAAGAGUUUUUCUCGUUGCAACAUCCCCUCUUAGACCCAAAGCUGUCCAACAAAUGUUGGAAGAAGAGAGUGAAUACUAUGGUGAUAUUAUACAGCAGGAUUUUCUUGAUACCUAUUACAAUUUGACUCUAAAAACGCUAAUGGGCAUGGAAUGGGUUGCAAAAUUCUGUUCCAGUGCCAGUUACGUGAUAAAAAUUGAUAGUGACAUGUUUCUUAAUGUGGAAUAUCUCAUCCAUCAAGUCCUACGUCCAGAGUUGCCAGUCCGAACCAAUUACUUUACUGGGCAAAUAUACUCUAAUACAGGACCUCUAAGGAAUAAAGCUUACAAGUGGUACGUGCCACCAGAAGUCUACCCCAAUAAUACUUAUCCUCCUUACUGCGUUGGUACUGGAUAUGUUUUCUCAGUGGAUAUGACGAAGAAAAUCUACGAUAUAGCUCAGGUUAUAACUGCAAUGCCCAUGGAAGAUGUUUUUAUGGGGAUCUGUCUGUAUGAGCUAAACACCCCACCCACUGAGCCUCCUGGGUAUAUUUUUAACAGGUACGAUGAAUACGAUCGUUGUACAUUUCAUAAGCUGGUUGCAAUUAAACUAGAAGAAAACAAUAAACUUCCGAAACUAUGGCAAGAUUUUUGGACUAAUAAGACAUUGGGAUGUUAACAUACAAGGACUUGAAACAUUUUUGUGUAUUUUGUGAAACAUAGAUCCUGGACUUACUGUAAAAACGAACAUUAUGUCUAUCAUGGCUGUGGUAUCAUGUGUAUUCUCCUUUUCUAGAUUAAUGGUACUAAAACCUGGUGCAGGAUUUAAUUAUUACCCAGUUAUGUUACAAUAUCAAUAAAUCUUAGAACUUUGGUGAUGUUC